ACCUCAUUUGUGCUGGGCCACCAUUCUGCCAGCCCAUCUCCCUCAGCCACUUCUGUGUGAUCCUGUCACAAGUUCCCUUGGGAGCAGGGGAAUGGAGCCGAGUGACUUGUUGUGUUUGAAAGAUUUCUUUUUAGCUCUUUCAGCUUCCAGACUAACUGUUCUGAGAAGCACACUGAAGCCAAUGGGAACUGUAUAUGAGGGUGCAUGCAAAGCAUUCAGCUGCACGUCUACUGCGACCUGGUCUACGAAGGGCUAGACAUCAUCACCAAUAAGGUCUCUGCCCAGGAGCAGAAGAUGUGCCAGCACCAUAUGAUCAGCUUUGUGGACCCCCUUGUGACCAGCUACACCGUGGUGGACUUUAGGAACAGAGCAACUACACUGAUUGAAGAUAUUUUUGCUCGAAACAAAAUUCCUAUUGUUGUGGGAGGAACCAAUUAUUACAUUGAGUCUCUGCUCUGGAAAGUUCUUGUGAAUACCAAGCGCCAGGAGAUGGGCAUCGGGAAAGCGGCUGACCGGAAAGUAGAGCUUGAGAAGGAGGACAGCCGUGAACUCCAUAAGCGGCUCAGCCAGGUAGACCCGGAGAUGGCCGCCAAGCUACACCCACAUGACAAACGCAAGGUGGCCAGGAGCUUGCAAGUAUUUGAAGAAACAGGCAUCUCUCACAGUGAAUUUCUUCAGCGUCAACAUGCAGAAGAAGGCGGUGGUCCUCUGGGAGGCCCUCUCAGGUUCCCUAACCCAUGCAUCCUCUGGCUUCAUGCUGACCAGACAGUUCUAGAUGAACGCUUGGACAAGAGAGUGGACGCCAUGCUUGCUGCCGGACUCCUGGAGGAGCUCAGAGAUUUUCACAGGCGCUAUAAUCUUAAGAACAUUUCAGAAAAUAGCCAGGACUAUCAACAUGGUAUCUUCCAGUCAAUUGGCUUCAAGGAAUUUCACGAGUACCUGAUCACUGAGGGAAAAUGCACACCAGAGACUAGUAACCAGCUUCUAAAGAAAGGUAUUGAGGCUCUGAAACAAGUAACUAAGAGAUAUGCCCGGAAGCAAAACCGAUGGGUUAGGAACCGAUUUUUGAGCAGACCUGGUCCCAGUGUCCCUCCAGUAUAUGGCUUAGAAGUAUCUGAUGUUUCAAAGUGGGAAGAGUCUGUUCUGGAACCUGCUGUCAAUAUAGUACAGAGUUUCAUCCAGGUGACUAUUAAGGAGGGGCACAAACCUACAGCCACGCCAAUGAAGAUGGCGUAUGAUGAAACUGAGAACAAGAGAAGUUACCACAUGUGUGACCUGUGUGACCGGAUCAUCAUCGGGGACCGGGAAUGGGCAGCACAUAUAAAAUCCAAAUCUCACUUGCACCAAUUGAAGAAAAGAAGAAAGUUGAACUCAGAUGCUGUUGCUCACAUAGAAACUCAAAGUAGUUCCCCAGACUGUGACCCGGAACCUAAAGAGGAGAAGUCCCCAGGGCAGCAUGAGCAAGAGCUGAAAGCCAUGGUUUGAAAGAUGUGCCUGGUGGCCUUUACAGAGAUGUGGGGAUCAAGUGCAGGAGGGAGGGGAGUGUUGGUGUCCCACGCAUGGACGGAGGAGGGCUGGGCAGAAGGCCCCGCCAUCUUCUUUUAUUCUGUGCUGUGGUCUGCAGUGGGAAUAGCAGGCCUUUCAGCCCUUGUGUGGCUGUUGUGUCUGGUAGUGAUGUAGUUCAGGGUGGGAUUUUUUUUUUCUUUGAACCUUAAAGGUUUUAUUUUAGAAAGAGGCACAGAUUGCACAUUUUCUACUGGAGGAUCUUUUUUAGUGGUGAAUACCAAGAUUCAGUACAUCCUUUAAAAGAGAGUUCUUGUCCCGGGUGCUGGCUAAAAAUAUCUCGCUUCCAGAUGCUUUUGUCAAUGACUGAAGUAUUGUAAGGCACAGUCAGGAGUUCUGGAUGUGAGAGAACGGCAGGAAGGAGCAGCCCAGAGAGACGACGAGGCGAGCUGUCCUAGCUCUGAAUCUCAGAAGACGGAGGGGUCAGGCAGAGGUGGUUGUGACCCGGGUCUUGAAGACUAAAGAAAGAAUCUGAGUCUGCUGAGCUAGCUGCUGCUGUGCAGAAUGGCUGGCACUGCUGUCUUUCUAGGGCAGAAAGCUAUAUGUUCUUUUGAGAUGUGAAUAAAAAGGUUUGCAAUA